AUGGCUACCGUGCACCCCGAAGUCCCUGAAAAGUUGGCGGAGAAGGGUGUCUUGCAAUUCAUCACCUGGGCUCAGCGCUCCUCGGCCGAUGAUGCCGAGCGCAACUACCUCUACGUGAGCCUCAAGGCUGCCGAUGUCCCCAAGGACAAGGCUUCCCUCAAACUUAACCCCACCAAUGUCUCUUUCACUGGCCCUUCCGGCAAGGGUGUCACAUACUCCGUCUCCCUGGACCUUUUCGGCGAGAUCGACCCCGAGAACAGCAAAGUAAACCACACCGACCGCGAGGUUGAGCUGGUGCUGCGCAAGAAGGAGCUGAAGGAGGAGUUCUGGCCUCGUCUGCUGAAGGACAGCAAGAAGGUCCACUUCUUGAAGACCGACUUCGACAAGUGGGUGGAUGAGGAUGAGCAGGACGAGGCUGCCGAGGACGACUACGCCAACAACUUCGGUGGCUUCGGCGGCGAGGGUGGCCCCGGCGGCGAGGGCGGUGGCCUGAGCAACAUCGACUUCUCCAAGCUCGGCGGUAUGGGCGGCGGCGAGGGUGGCAUGCCCGACCUGAGCGCCCUGGCUGGUGCUAUGGGCGGUGCUGGUGGCAUGCCUGGCAUGCCUGGUAUGCCCGGCGCUGAGGGUGCUGAGGAUGAAGAGGAUGAUGAUCUUCCCGAGCUUGAGGAGGAGAAGUCUUCCAAGAUCCAGGAGGUUUCUUAA